AAAAUUGAGAUUGGGAAUAGCAAACGUUUUUUUUUUGCUAAAGCCUCGGAAAUGGUUUCGUUGUUGUUGUAGCAGCAAAGAGCCAACACACUUGAGAGAGAAAUGGAUGAGAAACGAACCCUAGCUUCGGCUGGAGACUCUCCGGCAUCUGAGCCGGCGACGCGGCGGCGUUUGAAACGCAAAGCGAACGCUCUCGGGACCUCCAAUUCCGCUUCUGCGAAGAGGAUGUUGAAGCGCGAGAAGGCGAUGCUUGCUUCCUUUUCUCCUGUCCACAGCGGGCCUUUGACUAGAGCUCGACAGGCGCCGAGCAGCAUGCCGUCCGUGGCUGGGGUGAAGGCGGAGGUGUUGAGUGCCGCGGUGGUGGUGGUGGGUACGGACGGGGAGAAGUUGAAGGAGGAGGAAGAGAGGGAUAAAGCGAUCCGUGAGUGGGAGGCUAAGAUCGAAGCUGAGUUCGAAGCAGUUAGAUCUCGCGAGAGUAAUGUUCAUGUGGUGCCUAAUCAUUGCGGUUGGUUUUCAUGGGGAAAAAUUCACCCGCUUGAAGAGCGCUCAUUGCCCUCUUUCUUUAACGGCAAGUUGGAGGGUCGCACUCCUGAGGUGUAUAGGGAAAUCCGGGAUUGGAUCAUGAGGAAGUUUCACUCCGAUGCCAACACACAGAUAGAAGUUAAAGACUUAUCAGAACUCGAGGUUGGAGACUCGGAAGCAAAGCAAGAGGUGAUGGAGUUCUUGGACUACUGGGGCUUAAUCAAUUUUCACCCCUUCCUGUCACCAGAUGCUAGUUCUACUCCCGGUGAUCAUGAUGAUUUAGGAGACAAGGAGUCUCUGCUUAACAGUUUAUUUCGGUUUCAAACAGAUGAGGCUUCCCCUGCUCUUGUUCACAAGCCUCGUCCCACAGCACAAGCUACGCCACCAUCAGGGUUGUUCCCAGAUCCGGUGGCGCCUGAUGACUUGCUGAAGCAAGAGGGUCCAGCGGUCGAAUAUCACUGCAACUCCUGUUCAGCUGAUUGCUCUCGCAAGCGCUACCACUGCCCUACGCAGGCGGAUUUUGACUUGUGUACGGAAUGCUUUGACAGUGGCAAGUUCAGCUCAGAUAUGUCAUCUUCCGACUUUAUACUAAUGGAUUCUGCUGAGGCUCCUGGCGUUGGUAGUGGGAAGUGGACUGAUCAAGAGACUCUUCUUCUCCUUGAAGGCUUAGAAAUUUUCAAGGAAAAUUUUAAUGAGAUUGCAGAGCAUGUUGCUACAAAGACAAAAGCUCAGUGUAUGCUUCAUUUUCUUCAAAUGCCAAUCGAGGAUGCGUUUCUUGAUCAAUUUGACUACAAAGUUCCAAGUACAAAAGACACUACAGAUUCAGCUGUGUCUAAAGAUGAUAAAUCUGUCCUAAAAGAUGCACCUGAAGAGACAGAGAAUAAGAAUCCUGUUAAAGAAGCUGAAACUGUGAAGGAAGCUCCAGAAACAGAAGAUGACAAUGAAGGAAACGUUCCUCCAGAAUCUUCGAAACCUGGAGAUGCGAGUGAAGAAACUAGUGAAGUGGAAGCCGAACAGAAAACGCUUAAGGUAGAAACCGUCACUGAUGAAAGAUGUAAAGAUGAUGCUGAUGAAAACGUAGCUUUGAAAGCUCUGACUGAAGCUUUUGAAGAGCUUGGUUAUCGUAUCACACCUGAAGCUUCUUUAUCCUUUGCUGAUUUAGGAAAUCCUGUCAUGGGACUGGCAGCUUUUCUGGUGAGAUUGGCGGGAUCUGACGUUGCUACUGCUUCAGCCCGGGCUUCCAUAAAAUCUCCGAAAAGCAAUUCCGGAUUGCUGCUUGCCACAAGACAUUGUUUUGUUCUCGAAGAUCCACUAGACAACAAGAAGGAUUCAGCUGAAUCAAAAAGUGUGGAUGCAGUGGGGAACGGUGAUAGUGCCCAUAAAGAUGAGCAGCCAGAAGGAAAAAGCCAGAAAGCAGAAGAUGUCUCCUUGAAUGCAAAUGACAGGGAAAUGACAGAAGCUGAUUCAGGCAAAGAAAAUCAGGAUUCAGUCUCUGAAGAAAAGCAACCUGGUUCCCGAACUAAAAAAUCUGCUAGGAAACCAGAUGCUGAAGGACGAAAAAGAUCUAGUAAUUCAGUGGCAACUGAAAAAUCAGAGGAACCAGCGGAUAUAAUUUGUACAUCGCUGGAUAAAUGUUCAGGGAAAGAGCUCCAAGAACCUUUAAAGAAUAGGAAUAAGCUUUCUAGUGAAAAUAAAGACGCCUCUCAACCAACUGUCUCCCAGUUAGCUCCAGAUGCUUCUCAGCCGGAAGCAUCAAAAGAUGUGGAGAUGAAGGAUAUGUCACAGUCACAGAAGGAUCCUCAAGAUAUGGUCAAAACAGUAGGAGAGGAGAUUGAACAAGCUAAGGAGAGUGCAAAGGAUGUUCUUAGUAUGCCAGACACGUCGGUUGCACAGCAGGCCAUUGCAUCAGCUUCUGUACCGGAAAAUGGAACAGAUGGUGAAAAUACAAAGAAAGAGAAGGGUGUCUCUGAAGAGACAAAAGACAAACAUAACACUGAUAAGCUUAAGCGCGCAGCUAUCUCUGCUCUCUCAGCUGCAACAGUAAAGGCAAAGCAUCUUGCAAAGCAAGAAGAAGAUCAUAUCCGACAACUUUCUGGAUCAUUGAUAGAGAAGCAGUUGCGUAAACUAGAAGCAAAACUAUCUAUAUUCAACGACGCUGAAAGCUUGACAGUAAGGGUAAAAGAGCAAUUGGAGAGGUCAAGGCAAAGGCUAUACCAUGAAAGAGCGCAGAUCAUAGCAGCUAGACUCGGUGCCCCAUCUUCAAUGUCCUCAAAGGCAUCAUUACCAACAAACAGAACCGCUGCAAAUCUUGCUAAUGUGGCUCAAAGACCUCCCAUGGGUAUGUCAUUUCCACGGCCACCAAUGCCAAGGCCUCCAGGUGCAUCACCAUUCUCUGUUCCUGGCUCACAUGUAGCUGCAACAGCAAUGAGCGGAAGCUCAGGUCCACCUCAAGGUUCAGACAAUGUUUCUUCGGUUUAGUGGUGCUACAUCAUAAUGUUCAGAUUGAGUGGUAGCUCUUGAUGUUCUAUUAGUAAAGCCCAGGUACAUCAUCCCACCUUUCGCGGAGCUUGGUUUAUUUUCUGGAGAUUUAUGUAGAAGACAAAGUUCGUUAGGGGUUUUAGACCCAUCGAUUAAUGCUAAAUGUAACUGUUAUUGGAGAUAUGUGAAUGUACUUUAUUUAUGGGUUCUUUGAACUUUAAAGAGUUGUAACGUUGAGCAGAGAUGUAUGAUUAUGAAUCCGCAGAAGGUGGGAAUGUUUUAUGGAUCA